CACACUGCGCAUGUGCGUCAUUGUUUACGUUGGUGGGAGGGACGUCCGGUGAGAAGAGGAUAUAGCAUCGGUGCUAACGCUGGCUGUUGCUGCAUAGAUUUAUUUAGAAACGCGCGACAAACAUGUAUAAAGGUAAAGUUGCUGCGGGUCAGGGGAGGAAAUCUGUGGCUCUGGAUAAAGUCGACAUGUCGCUGGACGACAUUAUUCGCUUGAACAAGAAGGAGAAGCAGCAGAAAAGAAAACAGGUCAACACGAAGCGCCGUCCAGUCAAGAAAAAGGCUUCGUUCCCGCAGUUGAAGAGGAGAGGGACGCCGGCGCUGAAUGGAGGCGCCCUCGCCCGGGGAGGCGCUGCUAAAAUAAGGAACGGAAGAGUGGUGCCGCUGCCGGGUCGCCGGCGUGGUCAGGGGGUGAUCACUGGCCUGGCAGCCAAGAGACCCACGGCCCUGCUCAAAAAGGCUGCUCCCUUCAACAAGACCCCCAACACUCAGAAACCCAAGCCAAAACAAAGGCCCUUCAUUCAACGCACACAAGCCCAGUCCAGAAAGCCAGAGAUCAGGAGACAAACACAAAGACCAGCAGAUGCACAAAGAACUCCGAGUCAGAUUACAGUUCGGAGGCCCUUCCAGCUGCGAAGACGGCCGCUGCCACCUGUCCAACACACGCGAAGAGAAGCACGGCAAGCUACCUUCCUGUCUCACAGAGGCCUGAAGGUCCAAGCACAAGUACAGAAGCCUGUUUCUCGGACGCCUCCAGUCAGAACUCGCCAGUGGCGCACAUCAUCCGCAAACAAUGGCAUUUUGACGGUUUCGAUCGACAACCCCACCGCCAGAACUCAGCCUGAACCUGCCACCUCCUGGACCCUUCACCCGGCCGCUGCUGCCUCUGUCGCCACCCCUCCAGUUCAGGUGGAAACCGCUGAAAGGAAGAUCCCAAAAGGCGUCCCUCUUCAGUUUGACAUCAACAGUGUCGGGAAACCGCAAACGUCCAUGACCCUGAAUGAAAGAUUCCGAAUUUUAAAGGACAAACGCACAGCUACGGCACAGAGCACCAGCAAAGGGAACCGAUUUGUGACUGUGGGUUAGUGGACUUAUGGGGGAAAAAAAAUGAACUUCUGUUCUGAAUGAUGGAAAAUGUUGUGCAGACUGGGAAGAUUCACUGUCCUAUCAUUGUACUGAGAUGUUGUGUAGUGGACUUGCUGAAACAAUGUGUUGAUUUUUAAGAAUCGCGGUCAGGAACUCUGUGUUUUUAGAGAGUUGGUCAAAUAUUUUUUAUGAGUGUAUCGACAUGAGUUUGUAGCUAUGACGGCUACUGACCACCACUGGUGUAUUUUUAACGUUGAGUGCAUUUUUUUUUUUCCAAGUCGUUCCCUUCACUGUUAUGUAAAAAAAAAUUGUGAUAAACUUUGCUACAAUGAACACUUGAGAAUCUGAAUAUUGCUUUUAUUAAAUACAUUCUUUUUUUUUUUUUUUUUUGCAAUGUAACAAAACUAUUGGCAAUAUGAAAAUCAAAACACCUUUUCACUCAACAAAACAUGGCUCACUUCAUCAGUGACUCGUGCUGGUGACACUCCUCUCCUCCAACACCGAGUCCGCUUCAUCCACUCUGUUCACAGACGUUUCUUAAGAGUGCUGAAUGAAAAACAUGAGGUAAGAAAGUGGUUUUAAUG